AUGCUGAAGCAUUGCCCCAACGUGGGCACAAUCGAGAUCGACAGCAUCUGGAUGGAACCAUUUGCAUGGGAUAAUUUCCCGGAAAUACGUCAAGAUCAUCUCAAGUGUGCUAUUGUACCCUUGAUUUUCACUGCCAUUGGUGCCGGUAUUCGACCAACAUCGCUAUCUGUCAAUGGUCCCCUGAAUUCGACUAGCCUCGAAGUCUCACACAUUCCAAACUGGGAGCUUCUGGAUCUAAGUCGCGUCGAGAAGCUUGCACUCGAGUACGACGACGUGGAUGAAGAUGGCCAUGAUAACAGUCCCGAAUUAGCAACUGCUGACCUGGUCACCCACAUUCUAGCGAAAGACCUAGACAGCUUGAAAAGUUUGAAGCUUGAUUGUAUCUACGAGGUUCCCACCUCCGACGCUGCUCCGCUUCCCAAACUCAAACACCUCAGCCUCGUAUAUGCAGCGCACUUGGAUCCCAAACAUGUUCGCAGCUGGUUUCUCAGUAUGGAAGGGUUGGAAUGCAUUGACUUCAGCGGUGUCAGUUUCUGGAAUUCCCCGGGUAGCGAUUGGGGAUACGUAUUCGAGGCCAUUCGCGAUCACCCUAGUGCUAUCACAUUGGACUUUGAGAAUAUCAUUUCAUAUGGUUGGGGGGAGUUCUUGGCGCACACCCGUGUACUUCCCGGGCGGGAACUCGAGGAUCUCCCAAGAGAAAUUAAUGGAAGCGAUAUCAACGAGGAAGGGGAAGGUGACGAAGUUGAUGUAGAACAGAUGCUUUCGGAACUAGAUGUGGAUUUUGAGGAGUUUGUCGCUGGACGCCUAGCAUGA